AUGGAGUUACAAGGAGCCAAUGAUGGCAUUCGCCUGGCUGCCUACAGAGCCAAUCUCCCUGCGCCAGUGGCUAAUGGUAAAGCGACAUCAGGAGGCUUUGAGUCCGAUUACUACACGUGUGAUGGGGAUGGCAGCAGUGUCGCAUCUCGCGUAUCUGUUGAUUUAACUGGCUACGAGACUCUGGAUGCCCCGCCGCGCUACGACUUCUAUGCCAACACGGAGGUGUGGGGCCGACGAAGGCAGUUCAGGCCAUCUCUGUUCCAGCUGCACGCCGGCCCUGAGGAUGACUCCAGACCUCCCAUGUAUGAAGAGACAACAGCUGGACAAGCGGCGGCAGGAGGGCAGGACAGCUCUGAGGAAGAUGAGGAUGAGCAAAAGGAGCCGCCAUCUGAACCCACGCGCUUCGGAUGGGUGCAGGGGGUCAUGAUCCGCUGCAUGUUGAACAUAUGGGGGGUGAUCUUGUACCUGAGGCUGCCUUGGAUCACUGCUCAGGCUGGUAUAGGUAUGACCUGGGUCAUCAUCCUGCUGUCCUCGACUAUAACUGGGAUCACUGGUCUCUCGACCUCAGCCAUCGCCACCAAUGGCAAAGUCAAAGGAGGCGGGACGUACUUUCUGAUCAGUCGCAGCCUCGGUCCAGAGCUCGGUGGGUCAAUCGGUCUCAUCUUUGCCUUUGCGAAUGCUGUAGCUGUGGCGAUGCACACCGUGGGCUUUGCUGAGACUGUUACUGACCUCAUGCGUGAAAAUGGAGCCGUCAUGGUGGAUCGAACUAACGACAUCCGCAUCAUCGGCAUCAUCACGGUGACAUGUCUGCUGGGCAUCUCAAUGGCUGGCAUGGCCUGGGAGUCAAAGGCACAGGUUCUCUUCUUCAUAGUCAUCAUGGUCUCAUUUGCCAGUUACAUUGUUGGAACAAUCAUUCCUGCUUCACCUGAGAAACAAUCCAAAGGUUUCUUUAGCUACAAAGCAAAUAUCUUUGCUGCAAAUUUUGUACCUGACUGGCGAGGGCCAGGGGGCAGCUUCUUCGGCAUGUUCUCCAUUUUCUUCCCCUCUGCCACGGGCAUCCUGGCAGGAGCGAACAUCUCCGGAGAUCUGAAGAAUCCAGCAGUGGCCAUCCCCCGAGGGACGCUGCUGGCUAUUUUCUGGACCACAGUAUCCUACCUCAUCAUCUCUGCUACCAUUGGAUCUUGUGUGGUGCGGGAUGCGUCUGGCGGGUUGAACGACACGCUGUCUCCCUCAUCAACAGUCGAGGAUUGUGUUGGUACAGCAUGCCAGUAUGGCUGGGACUUCACAGAGUGCAUCAACAAUAAGACGUGCGUCUAUGGUAUCAGCAACUACUAUCAGUCGAUGAGCCUGGUGUCAGCCUUCGCCCCUCUCAUCACAGCUGGGAUAUUUGGAGCCACUCUAUCAUCAGCUUUGGCCUGCCUGGUGUCUGCUCCCAAAGUCUUCCAGUGUCUGUGUAAGGAUCAACUCUACCCUCUCAUUGGCUUCUUUGGCAAAGGUUAUGGCAAGAACAAUGAACCGAUCAGAGGAUACCUUCUCACAUAUAUCAUCGCUGCUUGCUUCAUCCUCAUCGCUGAGUUGAACACCAUCGCGCCCAUCAUCUCCAACUUCUUCCUCUGCUCCUACUCUUUGAUCAACUUCAGCUGCUUCCACGCAUCCAUCACCAACUCACCAGGUUGGCGUCCGUCCUUCAGGUUCUACAGUAAGUGGCUGUCGCUGCUGGGCGCCAUAUGCUCCGUGGUGAUCAUGUUCCUGCUGACGUGGUGGGCGGCCCUUAUUGCUUUUGGCGUCGUCUUUAUUCUGUUGGCAUACACACUCUACAAGAAGCCAGAUGUGAACUGGGGCUCAUCAGUGCAGGCGAGCUCCUACAACAUGGCUCUGAGCAGGUGUGCAGGCCUCAACAGCGUCGAGGACCACGUCAAGAACUACAGGCCCCAGUGUUUGGUGCUAACGGGCCCUCCCAGCAGUCGUCCCGCCCUGGUGGACCUCGUCAGCUGUUUCACAAAGGAUCUCAGUCUUAUGUUGUGUGGAAAUGUGUUAACUGAUGGUCCCUCUCCUUCAGUACUGGAGAAGGCAAUGAGCGACAGUCACCUGAACUGGCUCAACAAAAGGAAGGUCGGGUCGUUCUACAGAGGAGUGGUGGCUGCAGAUCUGCAAUCUGGGGUUAACGUGUUGCUACAGGGGGCAGGUUUGGGCCGUAUGAAGCCAAAUGUUCUCAUCAUGGGUUUCAAGAAAGACUGGCGGAGUGACACACCUCAGGCUGCUCACAACUACAUAGGAAUAAUGCGUGAUGCGUUCGACCUGCAGUUUGGUGUGUGCGUGCUGAGGAUGAGAGAGGGAUUAGAGGUCUCCAAUCCAUCUCAGUCACACGUUAAUCCAAGUUUUGACGGUGGACCAGAGAGCAUCAACAGCAUCUCUGUUCCUUCCUGCGUUCAGACAAGCCCGACAUCUUCUGUCUCCAUCGAGCCCGAGCCUCAGCAUAGUACACAGUUUCAGAAAAAACAGGGAAAGAAGACCAUCGACGUGUACUGGCUGUCUGAUGAUGGAGGUCUGACCCUGCUGCUGCCUUACCUGCUGACCCGCAGAAAGCGCUGGGCCAGGUGUAAGGUCCGAGUGUUUGUGGGAGGAGACGCAGAGAAAAAGGACGAGCAGAAGCAGGAGGUGUUGGAGCUCAUCAAGAAGUUCCGUCUUGGUUUCCAUAGUGUCGAAGUCCUUCCUGAAAUCAACCAGCCUCCUCAGCAGAUGAAUGUCCAUCAGUUUGAGAAGAUGGUCAGUCGCUUCAGGGUGGAUACAAAUUCUAAGCCAGACUCAGAUUCUGGAUGUGCAAGCCAACAUCAGGAGCCCUGGAUGAUCACGGACCAGGAUUUCGAGAAGAACAAGGCCAAGUCUCUUCGCCAGAUCCGCCUAAAUGAGGUACUGCUGGAUUACUCUAGAGAGGCCGCUCUCAUUAUAAUCACCAUGCCAGUGGGGAGGAGAGGAGUGUGUCCCAGCACACUCUACAUGGCGUGGCUCGACUUCUUGUCACGUGAUCUGAGACCUCCAGUCCUUCUGGUCAGAGGAAACCAGGAAAACGUUCUCACCUUCUACUGCCAGUAA